AUGGGAUUUUUGAAAGUAGUAGGAACUAAGAUAGUGAACGCCAAUGAGGAGCCAGUUGUAUUGAAAGGUACAGCUACAGGAGGCCACCUCAACAUGGAGAAUUUCAUUACAGGAUAUCCAGGUCAUGAAACUGAGCACAAAUUGGUUUUGGAGCGCAAGAUGGGAACAGAGAAAUACAAGUUUUAUUUCGAUAAGUUCUACGAGUAUUUCUGGACCGAUAGCGAUGCCAAGUUCUUUGCAGAGGAGUUGAAGCUCAACUGCUUGAGGAUCCCUUUUAAUUACAGGCAUUUUCUUGACGACAGUGGCGACAUGUUUAAGAUUAACCCUAAGGGGUUUGAGCUCGUGGACCGCAUUGUGGACUCGUGUGCUCGUCAUGGAAUUUACACUAUUUUGGAUCUCCAUACUGCACCAGGAGGCCACAAUCAAGACUGGCACUCAGACUCGGGUAUCCAUAAGACCCUUUUUUGGGACUUCAAGGUUUUCCAAGACAUUGUGCUCAACUUGUGGGCUAAGCUCGCAAAGCACUACAAGGACAAUGAAUGGGUUGCCGGAUACAACCCAUUGAACGAGCCUGCUGUGGAGGACCACUCAAAGCUCGUGUCUUAUUAUGAGAAGCUCGAGAAAACAAUCAGAGCAGUUGACGCCAACCACAUUCUUUUUUUGGAUGGCAAUACAUACGCUGCUGAUUUCAGGCAAUUUCCCGUUCCCACUUGGCCUAACACGGUGUACUCGAUUCACGACUACACGGUCUUUGGAUUUCCAGGAGCAGACCCAAUGUACGAGGGCAAGCCUGAGCAGCUAGCAAAAUUGAGGUCUUCGUAUGAGAGAAAGAUCGAGUACAUGAAGAAGCAUCAUGUGCCCGUGUGGAACGGCGAGUUUGGACCAGUCUAUGCCUCGCACUUCCGUGGAGACGCAGACCCAGACUCCAUCAACAAAUCCAGAUACCGUGUAUUGAGAGACCAGUUGGGGAUCUACAAACAGGGCGACCCCUCGGGAGACAACACUCCGAUUUCUUGGUCCAUCUGGCUCUGGAAGGACAUUGGGUACCAGGGAAUGUUGCACGUGGCACCAGAAUCCAAAUUCUACCAGAUUUUUGGGGACUGGUUGCACAAAAAAAGGGCUUUGGGUUUGGAUAGAUGGGGCAACGACAUCGACCCACAAAACGGAGAACUCUACGACGGCUUGUUGGGACACUUCAAAACGAACGUCCCAGAGAAAUACCACAAAGCCUUGUACCCCAACACCUGGACAAUGAAAGACUACAUUGCCCGUGUUGCAAGAGAUAUGUUGUUUUCGCAGUAUGCGCAAGAGGAGUACGCUGAUUUGUAUGCGGAGCUCACGUUUGACGACUUGGACGAGUUGGCGGCAUGUUUCAAGUUUGAGAACUGCGUCAAGCGCAAGGAGCUCAACGACAUCUUGACCGACUACUAAGUAUUUACCUAAAGAG